UGGUGUUGCCGAAGUGCCAGGAGGCAGGAGGUAAACAUGCACAUGCCAGCGUCAUUUGAAUGUGGUACUCUUGCAUUUUUCAGUUCUCAGUUGAAUUUGCAUCGGCCCAAAUCAGUGUAAUUAUUUACCGGUUUUGAAGCUCUCACUUGGUGUUACGUUCUUGCUUCUACUUAGUUCUGCAUCCUCGCCAUAAAAUUACUACAACUCCUAGCGCGUCACGUUCUAAUAAUCUGUUUGGCGCGACGUUCUUCCUCUGAAACUUUUGGAGAGAAGGACUGAUUUCAGUCUCAGUUAUGGCAGACGAUCUUCCGUUUCGAGCAGAAUACUCUAAAAGCAACAGAGCUGCAUGCAAAGGAUGCAAAGAAAAGAUAGACAAAGAUGUUUUGCGAAUGGCUGUUAUGGUCAGAUCUCCUUUUUUUGAUGGGAAGCAACCCAAUUGGUUCCACUUCAUGUGCUUCUUUGCUAAACAAAGACCCAAAAGUGUUGGAGACAUCGCUCAUUUUGAUUCAUUACGUUGGGAUGAUCAAGAAAAGAUCAGAAAGAGAGUUGACUCUGCUGCUGGAACAUCUGCACCAGCUACCAAUGGCAAGUCAGCAACUAAGCGUAGCAAGACAGCUACCACCUUGACCACUCCAGACAUGAAAGAUUUCACCAUUCAAUACUCAGUUUCGAGCAGAGCAACUUGUAUUGGCUGUCAGACGCAGAUUGCCAAAGAUGAAGUGCGAGUAGCCAAAAAAGACUACGAAAGUGAAGAAGCACUGCGUUUUGGAGGUCUAGACCGCUGGCAUCAUUUGGAGUGUUUUGCUAAACUUCGAGGUGAGGCGAAGUGGUAUGACUGUGGAUCGAAGUUGCCUGGUUUUAAGGCCCUCAAUACUGAUGAUCAAAAGAAAGUGAAGCAACUCAUCCCGAAACUUAAAAUCAAAGCAGAAGUGAAAGAUGAAGUUGAUGCUGAAGUCCCAGCUAAGAAGAUCAAGGAAGACCCUGAAGUGAAAGGAAAUCUUGAAGCAAUGAAAAAACAAAACAAGCUUAUCUUUGCUUACCGUGACAAUUUAAAAAGUUUAACAAAAAAGGAGUUAACAGCCCUGUUGGAGCAUAAUGAACAAGGGAUCCCAGAAGGCACAGAAAGAAUACUCGAUCGGCUUUCUGAUUGCAUGUCAUUUGGUGCCCUUCUUCCAUGUGAGCAUUGUAAAACUGGACAGCUUGUGUUCCGUUCGAAUGUUGGUUAUCAGUGUAUUGGGCAUUUGAAUGAGUGGGCUAAAUGUCAGAAAGUAGUAAUGAAACCCAAAAGAGUUAAAUUUACAGUCCCUGAAGAUCUGAAAGAAAAGUACAGUUUCCUUGGAAACUAUAAGUGCAAACUUGGAGAAAGGCUUUUCGAAGUCAGAGAAUCAUCUGCUGCAGUAGCAGUCAAGACUGAAAAUGGGCCAAAGGUUGAUCGCUGGGCUCCACUUAAAAAUAUGACGUUCCUCUUGGUUGGUAAAUUUUCUAAACCGCUCUCUGAGAUUAAAAAAGAUAUUGUCAAGUUGGGAGGACAUGUUGCCACUAGUGUUGUGGAUGAAUUAGCGGCUGUUAUAGCCUCACCAGCUGAAGUGGAAAAGAUGUCAUCCAAGAUGAUGGAUGCUCAAAGUCAAGGGAUACAAGUAGUGCCAGAAUCGUUCUUGGAAGAAGCAGCAAAAGGAAAUGCUGUGGAAAAAAUUCUUACACUUAACAUUGCCUCAUGGGGUCAAGAUCCAAAAGUUCGCAUUGAAAAACAAGCCAAAAUGAAUGUCAUGAAGUCACAGAUGUCUGGCAAGUCAAAAUUCUUGUCUAGUGGGCCCUCAAAAGUCAAAUUAACAAUGAAAGCUGGUAUCGUAGUCGACCCAGAUUCUGGCUUAGAAGAUGUUGCUCAUGUUUACACUCAUCAUGGAACAGCUUACACAUGUGUAUUAGGCCUAACAGACAUUACACAGGACAAAAAUUCAUACUACAAAUUACAGAUACUAGAAGCUGAUAAAUCCAAAAGGUACUGGCUCUUCCGGUCGUGGGGUCGAAUUGGAACCACAAUUGGGGGGAAUAAGUUGGAAGAUUUCAGAAGCGUUGACAAUGCUAUUUCUCAAUUUCAUGAACUUUAUGAGAAACAGACUGGAAAUCUUUGGGAAAACCGCAAACAUUUUGUUAAAAUCCCAGGUAAAUUCUAUCCAAUUGAUGUAGACUAUGGUGAAGAGGAAGCUAAACUUUCAUCUGACUCUACAGUUCCUUGCAAGCUUCACAAAGCUGUCCAAAACCUCAUAUCCUUGCUCUUUGAUGUCAACAAUAUGAAAAAGAUCAUGAUGGAAUUCGAACUAGACUUGGAGAAAAUGCCACUCGGAAAAUUGAGCCGCAAGCAAAUCACUGAAGCAUACAGCUCAUUGAAAGUAAUUCAAAAUUUGCUGCAAACUAGGACAGAGGCAGAUCGCAAAGUCCACGAAAUCAUCUCUGAAACCAACAAAUUCUACACGCUGAUUCCUCACAAUUUUGGAGUUGAUAAAAUUCAACCUAUUAACGAUGAAGUGCUUUUAAAACAGAAAAUAGAUAUGCUAGAUUCACUGAUGGAAAUCGAACUGGCUUACAAUAUGCUCAAGACAACUAAUGAUGAGAAUAACUCUAAUGUACAUCCUUUGGAACAGCACUAUGCAAAACUUCACUCAGACAUUGAUGUUCUCAAUAAAGAAACUGAUGAGUUCAAGAUGAUCAAGAAAUACGUCAAAAAUACACAUGCUGCAACCCAUAACUUGUACAAGCUGGAAAUCGACGAAGUUUUCAAGGUUCGUCGUCAUGGGGAAGAUGACCGCUAUUCAAAGUACAAAAACUUACACAACCGCAAAUUACUUUGGCACGGUUCACGUCUCACCAACUUUGCCGGUAUUCUUUCUCAGGGUCUCCGCAUUGCGCCGCCUGAAGCGCCAACAACUGGUUACAUGUUCGGUAAAGGUAUCUACUUUGCAGACAUGGUCUCCAAGUCAGCCAACUAUUGUAUGCCCUCGCAAAUCAACUGCAAUGGACUUUUGUUGCUGUGUCAAGUUGCGCUCGGAGACACUUACGAGAAUAAACAAGCCAAAUAUAUCGAAAAGCUUCCAGACGGCAAGCAUUCUUGUAUGGGUGUGGGUCAAACAGAGCCAGACCCAGCCAAAACUUACAGGCGUGAAGACGGCGUUGAGGUUCCACUCGGCAAAGGCGUCCCAAGUAAAGUCAAAAACUCAGCUCUGUUGUACAAUGAAUUUAUCGUGUACGAUGUCGCUCAAGUAAAAGUAGAGUACCUGGUGAAAAUGAAAUUCAAAUUUGAUUAAGAUGCUCUUGCCUGUUCUCUGUCUCAGGGUUGAAAAUUUGUUUCUUUUUACCUAUCCUGAACGUCUUAUUUCCUCUCGAAUUUUUCAGUUUUUAAAAAACGUCCGAUUUUGGUAAUUUUUCAGUGAAGAGGUAGUAGUCUUAAAGUUCAGUCUCAGAUUUUUUUCUAGAUGUUUUUGUACUUCUGGUUCUCUCUUGCGUUUUUGAGAAUAAUCUAAAACGAUCGAAUUUUUCGCUGUCUUGGAAACUCAAGAUUUUCUAUCAAACAUUAGCGGAUGAGAUGAAACUAAUUUAAAAUUUGGUCAUGAAAACAUUUGAUACAAAAAAUAAACUCCAAUCUCUAUUUUCUACCACUUGAAUAACAUAAAUCUUCAUUGAUUAACAUUCCUUCUCUGUCAAUCAAUUUCUUUUGACUGUAAUUAUUUUGCAUCAAAACCAAGUUUUUGUACUCUCGCGCCAUUUCUGAACGUACCAAUUUGUCACAGUGAGUGAUCUACUUUCUCCUUUACAUUCCUAGGAGAUAUUUCUUUUAGUCCUCUCUCUCUCACACUAAGUUCUAUAUUUUGCCUUAAGUAAUAUUUCCCUAAACGGUGUGAUGGAUAAGUCGACAGGGGUCUUCAGGGAUUCUGUUAAACUAUCAUUUUCACCCCUGAUUCAUCACGCAAUGAAUUUUCUAUGACAAGAUUUUCUUCAAAAAAUUUGCGGACAUCUUUUCCAGAACUAUGUCAUCAUUGAUCCACUUAUUUGUCCCCGGUUAAACAUCCCCUUGAUGUUUUAUAUUUAUCUGUUACCUAUCAUUUUUUCCUCCUCAGUCUGAUUAAAGUUAUGCACUUACCUCUCAAUCAUAUUUGUUGAAUUUAUUUCUCUAAUUAGGAUGUAGAAUUGUGUUAAAAUUGAUCUUUUUUAAUUUUUACUUUAAUAUACUUUAUUACGUAAAUAUUUAAGUAUUUCAAUAAGUAGCCUUCCUAAGUGGUCAUUGCCUACAAGAUGAGAGGGACCUUUUGGAUGACUUUUUGCUAGCUGAUAUCCACAAAGGAGCUUAGUUUAUGUUGUAAAAUUUGCAAUCUACAAGUGUUGUUAGUUCAUGUCUUUUUAUAUAAAGGAUAGAUCAUUUGUAAAAACCCAAAAAUAAUUUUUUUGAGCAGGAUAAAAUUUACUAUGCAUUUAUAAACGUUAGAGAAGAUGAACAGUCUCAUUUCUCUUAUUUAUCAAUAAUUGAUUGAUGGAAAAUAGAAAGAGGUAAACCACAAGAAAUGAGUGAAAAUCUGAAGCUCUUGCCAUUUAAGGAAACACACCAGGUAAUGCAACUGUAUUUUAGCGCUAGAUUUAUCCAAAAGAUUAGUUUCUGAGACAGGAUCCUUCUUUGUCGGUUAUAUCUCAGCCAUCAACAAAAAACAAGAUUUAUUGUCAAAACACUGAGUUUCUACAUCCAAUACUAACAAAGCUUUCACCGGCUCAAAAAUGAGAUUGAUGAAUUAUCCCCUGUGGUAAGGUAACCAUGGUUUUUAUUUUACCCUGGCUCCAUCAGUCCGUGAAAAUAUUCCUCGCUGGAAGUGGAGAACAUUUUGGGUAAAAUGCAGGAUAUACAUCACUGAUGUGUUUUUCAUAGGAUGAGCUCUCCUUCAAUGUGAAACGGAGAAGCAAGGCCUCUGUAUGGGUUUCACUAAUUGGCUUUUAUCUCUAAAAUUCAACCUUCAAAUCACAGUUCUGAUUUACGCCAUGAAUCCAUCAAAUAUACUAAUUGAUAUUUUUGUGGAAUGAUUUUUUUUAUUUUUUGUUCUUUAGGCAAAUUCAUUUUUUAGAGUGUUUGAGAAAAUACUAGUUGCAGCCUCUCAUUUUGAAGGCAACUCCAAUUUUCUGCAUUGAUUCCAUAUUAUUUCUCAUAGUUAUGUUAAAAAAACUUCUAACUUCGGAAUCUUGAAUGUACGUUAUUUUACCACACUACAUCAGAAUAAUUUUUCAUUGUUUUUAGCUUAAGAUCAAUUAAUAAAGUUUUCCAAUUGUUUUGAUUUUGCAGUAUUUUGUAAUGUUGCAGUUAUCUUUUGGUUCUCUUGUGAUAAUUUAUAACACCUUUCCUACAGGUGAUUAUAAAACCCAACACUAUCCCUGGAAUACUCUCCUCUCAUUAGUUAGUAGAGUUGGAGCUCAGUUUGUACUGAAUCUUCGUAGCUACAAACUUACUUCUUUUUCUGCUCAGCCUGAUUCUAACCAUUUCAUCAAUUAUUUCCUUCAGUACUUUUAUUAAUGAAUAAGUCGUCCAUUUUUGUCUGUGUUUGGUACAAAGUAAUUUUAACGAUGCCAUUAACUUAGAUUGAUGUAAAAAAAUUCUUCAUAUCUGCCUAAGAUAUUGAGCCAGAAUUUAUUUUAAGUUUGUAAAUAGUCACCUAUCUUUCAAGUUCCCGAGUAAAUACGAUACAUUUCUAAUACUCAACAUCAUAGCUUAGUUACGCUUGUUGAACUGUUUUUUAAUUGUAAUUGUUUUGUGCUUUUAUAUAAAAUUAAAAUAUUCUCUUUGAUUCA